UUUGACUGUACAGCAGAAACAGGGACCUAUAAUAACAAUGACCACAAAUACAUUAUGUUUCACUGAUAACAGUGAUGGAAGGCAGAGGAGACUCACUGUAAUUCAAUCUGUCACCAGCACAUGGCAGCAGAGGACAGCCUCAGAGGACAUAAACAUCCAAUUUUUGCAUUUAGUUUUUCAUGCAUCAGACUUAUUUGUCUUUGUAAAUCAUCAAGUGCAUCGACCUCUCCUCGUUUGGAGAGAAUAGAUGAUGCUUGCAGCAAGGUGAGAAGUGUCAGAAGGAAGAUGACACCAGUUUUCUUCAGGUCAUUUGAAGACUGCUAAAGAUGGGUCAUAUUAGUAAACUGAUGGAUGCUGUUUGUUUACCUCCUGAACAACACGCCCUUCUCCUGUGAUGCAUUGUCUGCUGGGUGUUUACACUUAACAGCCAUCCUCCUCUUCCUCCUGAUCCUACAGAGCUAUAGAGAGACAUCAGUCUACACUUUGACCUAUAUAUUUCCCCAGAAAAUGAAUUUCGACCAGAUCCUCUCUGCCAUCGGAGGCUUUGGUAGAUAUCAGAAGACCUUGUACGUAUGGAUUUGUUUACCCCAGAUCCUCCUCGCCUUCCACAUGAUGGUGAGCAUCUUCACCGGAUCCACGCCGCCCCACCGCUGCCGGGACAGCUCCAUCUCAGUGGCCGGGAAUCAGUCCUCCUUCCCGGGUACACUCAGCCUGAACUUCAGCCUCCUCUCGGAGUCCUCCUGCUUCUCAUCCGAUGUCCUGCAGCAGGAGGACAACCGGACUGAGCGCGUCCCAUGUGGCCGCGGAUGGGUGUACAGCAAGGAGACUUUCCAGAGUACAACAGUCACUGAGUGGGACCUGGUGUGUGACAAAGCUGGACUGAACAGUCUCAGUUCGUCUAUCUACAUGUUUGGGCUGUUGGUGGGAUCUGUGCUGUUUGGAGCCAUGGCUGACAGGUACGGCCGACGUUUCAUCCUGCUGCUGUCCAUCGCUCUUCAGACUGUGUUUGGAGUCGCUGUGGCCUUUGCACCCAACUUCACCGUCUAUGUGAUUCUUCGCUUUAUAGUUGGCGCCACGAUAUCUGGAGUCAUCAUCAAUGCCUUUGUACUUGGCACUGAGUGGACGUGCACCAAGAGGCGAAUGCUAGCCGGCAUCACCACCGACUACGCGUUUGGUCUGGGCUACAUGCUUCUACCAGGAAUAGCAUACCUGAUACGAGACUGGAGAAAGUUGCAACUGGCUAUAUCAGCCCCAGGCUUCCUGCUCAUCUUCUAUAUAUGGGUGGUUCCUCAGUCGGCCAGGUGGUUGUUGGCCAACGACCGGAAGGAGGAAGCCAUCGCACUCCUCCGCAAGGCAGCACUCAUCAACGGCCGGGUCUUACCUCCUGCUGUACAAGUUGAGAAGUGUCAGAUUUCAGGUGGAGGGAAGCAAAGUUAUUCAGCAGUGGAUCUCGUACGAACUCCUCACAUGAGGAAGAGGUCUAUCAUUUUGUUCUACAUCUGGUUUGUGAACGUGCUGGUGUAUUACGGCCUCUCUCUGGGCGUCUCCAGGUUAGGGACAAACCUCUACUUGACCCAGUUUAUGUUCGGGUUGGUUGAGAUCCCGGCUCGUUCUCUCGUCCUGCUCGUCCUGCCCUUCAGUCGCCGACUCGCCCAAAGCGGGUUUCUGGCUGUUGGAGGGCUCGCCUGUCUGCUCAUGCUCGCUGUCCCUGCAGAUCAUCCCAGUGUCCUGACUGGUCUUGCCAUGGUAGGGAAGUUUGGUAUAACAGCUUCCUUUGCUGUAAUCUACGUGUACACGGCUGAGAUAUUCCCCACUGUUGUUCGGCAAACGGGAAUAGGUGUAUCCGGCAUGUUUGCGAGGAUUGGCGGUGUGUUAGCUCCCAUUAUAAACAUGCUUCAUGACCACAGCCCCAAUACACCUCUGGUCAUCUUCGCUAUUUCCCCGUUGCUGGGUGCUGUCCUGGCCCUGGCUCUGCCCGAAACUGCCGACAGACCUCUUCCUGACACGGUGGAGGACGCAGAGAACUGGGACACGACUAGUUCGCCUCCAAACAAGGAGAACCCUGAGAUCUCUGAGGAUAUUAUCCAAUCACCCAGCAGCACAGACAAGCAGGAGCUACGACGUCUAGCAAGCCAGGCCUGAGUGUGCGUAAAAGGCUGCACACAUUUCCAUCAUUCAAAUGUUAUACUGCCUCCAGAUAGAGCACUUAACUUAACAUCCUCCAUGUAAUAACAUGUCAGGAUCUGAUAAAGAGCUCUAUGCAAACCCGCCAAACUAGCAUGCAGGUACACAUGCAGUCAUGUGUGCUGCCGAGCCAAAUCAACAGCGUACUGUUUUACCAGAUGCAGGUAAACACCUGCAUGAGUCAGGAAUAGUUGUCCUUUACAUUUAUACUUUAUAACUUUAUGUAUAUCUUACAUAUGUGGUGAGACAGAAUAAAUAGUUCCCCUUAAAGGAGCAGUGUGUACGAUUUAGUGGCAUCUAGUGGUGAGGUUGCAGGUUGCAACCAAUUUACACUUUUCCCGUGUGCCAAGCGUGUAGGAGAAGUACGGCAAAAAACGUAUGUUGACAAGAAAUGAAAGUCAAUUGUUCGUUCCAUUGCAACGUCAGCGCCCAGCAGCAGAGCUACGCCUCUACCAUUUGAAAAGCUACUACCGGACACCAGUAAAACGUCCGCCUACAAAGUGCCGUGCAAAAGUAAAACACAAUUAUUUCCACUCUAUUGUCAUAAUUUUAAUAUCUCUACCGAAAUGGCCCGU